AUGACAUCCACAGACUUGCAGCAUACGGAUAGCAAGAACGGAGAAUCAUCCAGAUCUCAAGGUGUAUAUCUACCUACUAAUCCAGUGCUUCCACGACCUUGUUUGACUACCGACUCUGCUGUAUCUCAAUGGCACAGUUCACCUGGAUUUCAAGGAUUCUGGGGAUGGAUCAAAAGGCGCUGCGAGAGGAUCAAAGGGAAAGAGAUACUCAGGGGAGAUUAUCAUGGAGAUUCGGAGGGUAUCAAAACGUUGAUGACCAUGUUACAGAGUAUGUUGGACUGGGUGGAAGAAGUUCCGAUACAACCUCAGAGUAGUCAACGAUUUGGUAAUCUAGCCUUCAGAAGCUAUACAAAGCUUGUAGAGGAACGUUUACCAAAGCUAUUUACAUCCACCACUGUCCCUCCUAAUCUUCUUUCACAGCUCUUACCGCUUUUUCUCAAUUCAUACGCUUUCGGUCAUCCCGUUCGCAUAGAUUAUGGAACAGGUCAUGAGUUAGCUUUCGUUUUGGGAUUAUGGGUAUGUGUUGUAUCAGGCUGGAUUGGCGGCGAGGGUGAUCAAGAGGAUGAAGAGGAUGAAUUGAUUUUGAGGGUGUUUACGAAGUAUCUGGAUCUCACAACUUUACUUCAAAAGACAUAUCGACUAGAACCAGCUGGUUCCCAUGGUGUUUGGGGUUUAGACGACUAUUGUUUUCUACCGUAUUUAUUUGGCUCAGCACAAUUAAUGGAUGGUCCUCUUACACCUUCGUUGUCACUAUCACUAGCGUCAUCUCAUCAUCCAUCAUCUACCUCUCCGCCACAAAAUCCCAUCACUGAUUUAUACACAUUAUCAUUAUAUCACUUGACGUUAUUCAAGACCGGAGCAGCUUUCUCAGAACAUUCGCCAAUGUUGUGGUCCCUUUCACAGAUGAAAGACUGGAUCAAACCUCAUGGUGGAUUACGAAAGAUGUUUUUAGGUGAAGUCACGGGCAAAAGAGUCGUCGUUCAAGGCUUAUGGGUAGGAGGUUGGAAUUGGGGCGAAAACGUUCCUGAUAUAUCUCAAUCUCAGAGAACGAAAACAAACGAGGUAAUGGGAAUGAAUAAUAGUUCAAUAGUAGGAGCAGAAGGUACAAAAGCUCCUUGGGCAAGAUAG